UUUGGUUUAAUUUGCAACCGACUUGUUAAAACUUGUAAGUUUUCUAGUGUACCUAAAUUAUUAAUUACAAACUAAAAGACUUUCGGUAUUUUUAGCUUUUCAGGUUAAAAAAGUGUUUGCAGUAUUGGUUUAACUUGCACUAUUUGUUUGCUAAUAAGAAAAUAUGUGGAACGAUCAAUCUGUUGUGGGAGGUGGAUUUUUUAAUUCAACCAAUCAAUUUGGAAACGCGAAUACACCAAACCAACCACAAAAAACAAGUAGAAGAACAUCAAGAACUGCACCAAUAGUUAUCAGGCAAGCACUUCAUUCUGGUGACGGUGAUAUUACAAUAUGGGGGACAGAAAUUAUGAUAGUGUCCAUCGUUGCUCGAGUCAGAAACAUCAGGAUGCAGAGUACAAAAAUAACAUAUACAAUACAAGAUAUAACAGGAAGAAUGAGAGCUGUAUUUUGGCUGGACCAAGAAGCUAUGGAGGAAGAUGAUAAAUCAACUCCAAAAGUGCAAGUAAAUGAUUAUGUUCAGAUAUAUGGAAAUGUUAAAACAAAUAAAGGAAAGAAAGUAUUGAUGGCAUUUAAAAUAAUGCCUAUAACAGAUGUCAAUGCUAUCACAUUUCAUUACUUGCAGUGUAUUAAUAAUAGACUAAAGAUGGAAGCAGAUUCAAAGAAGAUUAAGGUAAAUGGUAACACUACAUCAUCAGCAGCAAUGCCGGCCAAUUCCAUGGUUGGCAUGGCUGACAGCACUUCAGUGAAUGGCUUGAAUCCAAGACAAAUGAUGGUGUUCAAUUUGAUCCGAGCCUCAACUCUAGAGCAGGGAAUAAGCAAGCAAGAUAUGUAUGUCACACUGAAAGAUUGUAUGUCACAAAUGGAGUUUGAGAAUAUUCUGGAAUGGAUGUGUGGUGAAGGUCACAUUUAUUCCACAAUUGAUGAAGAACAUUUCCGUGCCACUGAUGCCUUUUAAUACUGGGUCUCUAAAUAUUCACACUAUGAUUAAAGAUAACAAAGUUUAUUUUGAAUAAAACUCAU